GUUUUGACAAUGAAAUCAGUCGCAGCAGCUCAGGCAGAGGAGCUCGGAAGCGCAGCGACUUCUUGCAACUUUUCCUCGAGUUUGGAGGAGCUGAGAUGAGGAGCAGAGCCGGAGGCUUUUCCCACUGAACACACGAGAGUGGAGAUCUCCAGGUGGCCGUCAUGUCUCUGUGGAUGAUCCUUCCUGUCAGCCUGCCCGUCUUCACCAUCGCUGGAAUAUGGGUUGUAUAUGCGAUGGCCCUGUACAACCAGCACGUCUGCCCUGUGCAUAACUGGCUUUAUAAUGAGUCAUGCGAGGAGCAGCUUCCAUUACAGAGGGGUCCUGUUCUGUGCUGCACCCUGGACAACAUACCACUCAUCAGUAAAUGUGGAACUCUCCCACCUGAAAGCUGCUUUUUCAGCCUCAUAUGCAGCACUGGAUCCUUCAUGGUGAUGCUGAUUGGCCUGCUGCGUUAUGCUCAUGUGAUAGAGAAGCACCAGAACUGUAUUCUCAACACGGCCGGCCUCUCGACCGCGUGGAUCUGCGCUGCUGGCCUCAUCAUGGUGGGAAACUUCCAGGUGGAUUUUGCCAAAGUCCUCCACUACGUUGGCGCCGGAGUGGCCUUCCCCUCCAGCAUGCUGUUUGUGUGUCUUCAGUCGGCUCUGACCUACAGACUGGCCAAGACCCAGGAGGAGUACCGAAUAGGUCACUUACGUGUGGGGAUGGCCCUGCUGGCACUGAUCGCCCUGGUGCUCAGUGGAGUUUUCUUUUGCCAGGAGAGCUUCGCCCUGCAGCACGCCUCCGCCAUCUUUGAGUGGAUCUACUGCAUGCUCAUCAUGCUCUUCUACGGGACUUUUGCCUUCGAGUUCGGGGGCAUGUCGGGGGACACCCUGAUGGUCCUGUCCAGAGGAGGGGGAGUACAAAGCUUCUCCACCUCUGAACACAAGACAGAGGUGGGCGGCGGCUCCAACCACCACCAGCCUGAGAGCUUAUCGGUGCUGUAACCAAACUGAAGCGUGCUUCAGCAUCCCUGGAGGUCAAAGGGCAACAUACAUGGGCCAAUCUGGAAGACCCCAACACGGAGUCUAGAGCCUGGAAGCUGCAUCCUGCAUAUCCUCACGCUCACUAUUGCACACAGCGACGGUGCCAAAGCUGUUCUGCUCAGCAGUGACCAAAGACUUUACAGACUUCACUGACUUCUAUCCUGCUUUGCAAAAGUGCAGGCUACACUGCACAAACGUUGCACAAUGUUGUAAGUGCCUUUCUGAACACAAAGGCCAGCAAAGAGAUGCACAUGUACACACACACGCACACAGUCCUCGCUGUUUGUUUUAAUUCUCUUAAUGAAAUAAUCACUCUCUGAAUUCUUGGCUGAAGUUGCCUUUUAUCAGAUUGAACGUUCUGAAAGGGCCUCAGAUGUUGCUCCUCGCCGAGCAGAAAGCAGUUUGUUUUAAUGUUUAGACGUUCAGACCCAGAGCUCUGCAUUGUUUUUUACUCAGGAAGUUUUGUUACAUAAUCAGCUUUUGCCCUUUACCCCACCAGUAAGGUGAAGUUUUCCAAAAACCUUUGACAAUAGAUGGAAAGUUAUUGUGUAAAAGAAUAAUUUGUUUCUUUCAACGUAGUUUAAAUGUUGUACUUUGUUAAAUCAUUUGUGUUUUUGCCCCAAAUUAUGUCUGCCCUUAUGUUGGACAAUUUCUUAUGUUUUUCACAAGUUUAUCUUGUAAUUAAAGUUAUGAUAUCCACAGAAACGUCUUUAUGGCAAUAUGGCCCAAGUAGCUGUCUCAUAUUGCCCAGAUAAGCUCUGUUGUAUAUUUUGUUGUAUCUCACUUCAGCUCUUUACCAAAAAAACUUGUAUCAGUGCUCUCAGUAACAGCGACAGGUUUAAUGGGACCAAACCUUUCAGUAAGGAGCGAUGUUGUCAUGCUGUAAUUUGAUCAUAUAUAGAAAUACUUUUCCAAGAAAAUAAUGUUCAAUAAUGUAUGCAGAGAACAAAAGAAUUAAAGCAAAUAGGAAAAAUA